AUGGCUGCCUGCAGCCUGGCACUGGCCCUGCAGCUCCUGCUGCUUCUCCAGGACAUCCAGACAUCCCUGCAGACAUCAUUAACCCCAUCUCAUUCCUGUGACACACGUGGGAAUUGGUUCUAUGAUGAAACUUCACAAAGCUGCUGUUACCAGUGUCCCUCAGGCUCUGUUAAAAAGAAAGCUUGUCCUGAGAACCCAACUGCAGACUGCAUGAGGUGUGGGCCUGGGCAAUUUGUGAACACACGAGUCUCGAAGCUACGAUGUGAUGCCUGUGUCUUAUGCAAAAGAGAACUCGACCUUGUGGAGAAGGAGCCCUGUUCCUUCAACUCCAGCAGUGUCUGCGAGUGCAGGCCGGGCCUGUUCUGCCAAACCUCCGGCCCAUACACCUGUGCCAGGUGCCAGCCCCACACCACCUGCCAGCCUGGCUUCGGGGUCCGGGUCAGAGGCACCUCAACACGGGAUGUCACUUGUGAAGAGUGCCCUGCUGGGACCUUCUCUGACCAAAGCUCCAGCACUGACAGCUGCAAGCCCCACACAGACUGUGCCAAGUUAAACAAAGUGGCACUAAGCCAAGGAAAUGCCACACAUGAUCAGGUUUGCCUGGACCAAUUGCCCACCUAUCUCACCCAAAGCCCUUUGUCCACGAGAUUCAGCAAUGAAACAAAUCACUCUGACCCAAGGAGCCCUGAGGAGAGCCUGGUGACCAUUGCUGGUGGUGACCUUCUAAGUGCCACGACAACUGAAAACCCCAGUUCAGCUCCUGAGGAGAAAGAUCUGACUUUUCCCACCUCAGCCAAGGGGGAGAUGACAAUGGGAGGUGUAGUGCUUUGGGCAGUGGUUCUCUGUGUGAUAGUGCUCCUCGGGGCCAUGCUGUUUUUUUGGAAAUGGAAGGUUUGCAAGAAGCGGAUCCUCGUCCUCAAAGGAAAGCCCCAUCUGCAUUCUGUCAUCGCACACAAAUACGGCCUCAAAUCGCCAGAAAAGCUCUACAUCAUGAAGGCCGACACUGUUAUCGUGGGGUCUGUUGCAGAAGUGCCCGGUGGCAAAAACUGCCCUGCCAGAGGAUGUGAAAGCAACACCCAGGAAAUCAUGGAAGAGGAACUGGGAAUGCACUACCCAGAGCAGGAAACAGAGUCCUUCCCAGGGAACGAUGUAAUGGUUCCCGUGGAAGAGGAGGGAAAGGAAUUCCACCACCCCACCACCGCCACAGAAAAGUGACAACCCAUGGAGAUGAUGAGCUACAGGAACACCCAGUGUUACACUAAGUCUGACUCUGUGACAAGUGCCUUGGGUUAUUGGGAGACUCCUGGAAAACACUGAAACACACUCAAACAAGGAGAGCUAGAACCUCCUUCAUCUACCAAAUGACAGGAGUAUCCAAACCGUUGGCCCGCAUAGCUGACGUCAAAUAUUCCUCUUUCCCUCUCUCUCCCAAUAUUAUGCUGGAAACAAAUUUGAAUCAAAGCUGCACAAUUCAGAGGACAUCUGGAUGUCAGCUGAAGUUUCACAGCUUGCUUUCUCUGCAUGAAGGAAUGGAUUGAAACCUAUGUCUGGCUACUUCUAUUAGCUAUGAAAAUCCUGGCCAGGGUUCCGAGUCAAACUUGAGAUUCAGCCAUGGAAGUCGUUGAAUAGGUUGUUUUACUUCCAGUACUUCCAAAUUUGUCACAUAUUUUGCAACAUCUGGCAUUUUCUUAAGGCCUCAACUCUUGACAGAAAGUGAUGACAACUUCAGUUUUCCCUAGCACAAACAACUCUCAGGAUUGUGGACUUCAUGGUUUUUUGAGGAAAUAGGAUCAAAAGGUGCCACACAGGCUCAGGAAACAGAAGGCAAAUAAAACUAAUUGAAGUCCACUGUAUUUCAGGCCAUUCUUUCUAGGUUUUGAAGCCUGAUUCAUGUUUUUGACUACUUCAAAUCAUCACUAAGUGUAUGAAAUGGCCUUUUCUGAUGGAAACUCGCUGAAUAUUUGAUUAUUGGAUGAACUACAGGUUUAACCCGGUGUGGAGCCUGUAAAAAGGGAAAUGAAGGAAAACUGUUUUUCUACAGAAAGAAAAGACUGAAAAAGAGGCACAGCAAUUAUUUCCUAUAAAAUUGUUAAUAUCUACUUGGUUUAGAAUUGUUCAGCAUCAUCAGGGUGACACUGAUUUGCAUAUGCUUUAAAAACAAAGUUGUUUUGUGGUCGACUGGCUUGUGUUAUGCUAUUUUUCAGUCUUUCAUGCUGCUUGUUCAGUAACUGUAAAUGUAAUAGUGCUGACUAUACUUUUGCAGAGGACAAUGGAAAAUGAGCAAGAUGAUAAAGUGUGUCUUAAUAGUCAAAAAAAGGAACCACAAAAACCAUUGCUUGCUUUGCAGUUUUGCCCUGGAUGAAGCACUGUAAAAACAGCUGUGCAGCUGCAAUGACUUCUCUUAGAACACACAAAAGGAACAUAAAGGCAUAAAAACACCUUCUUGGGCCAGUCUAGGAGUAUGAGCCCAACAUUUUAUCUGUGGCAGUUGCAGUCAGGGAUGUCAGUUAGGAAGAGCACAUCAGCCUGGCUAAUAUCUGCUGGCUAAUAUUCCUCACAGUUCUGCAGCAGCAGCUGGAAUCGGAUCAGGAUGUCCAAGAGUUUGUCUGAGCCUUUACUAUUCACUCAUAUUGCCACUAGUUUUUCUUCCCUCUUUUGAAUUUCCUGGUACAAUCUUUCCUCCAUAAGCACCCAUGGCAACAAGUUACAGGUACCAUGCCCUGUGUAAAGAAGGACUUUUAACACUUUUAAACUGACCUUUUUAUUUCAGUGAGUGCCACUAGUUCUUGUCUUACAGAAGUCAGUGGCUUGUUUUUGUUGGUUUGGGGGAUUUUUGUUUGUUUGUUUGUUUGUUUGUUUUUGCAACAGAGUUGCUUUUGUGAUUCUUGAUUUUUGUGAUUGUAUCCUCCUCAGCCUCCAAGCCGAAUUCCCAUCUCCUCCUAUUUCUCAUGUAACUUAGAUGCUCCACUGCCUUGGUCACUUCAGUUGACCUCUUCCACAUCUACUUUAACUUCACUACAUACUUCAUUUUAGAAAACACCAAUUUGUGAACCGACAAACUGAAGAACCACUUUCACCUGGCUGUGGUUGUUCAGGGCUGUUCUGCAAUUACAGCUAGUUGUACCUCUCAGCUCUAUAUAUAAAUUAAUGUUUUUUACUGGAACAGCUUUCUAGGUGAACUGUAUGCAUUGCAACCUGCUGGAUGUGUUAUAGCUGGUUUGUUUAAUAAUGCUGGUAAUCUCUGAAUUAAAAGUUACA